CAGGACGCAGAUCAUCAGAAGGACGAAGACCAAAGACCGAAGCUCUGCAGUCAUUAACGUGAAUCAUGGAACAGCUCCAGCUUCUGCGUGUCUUUCCACUGGUCCUGCUGGCCCUACACCAGUCUCUGUCCAUGCCGCUGGGCAGUCAGUGUGUGGACGAGUCCUUCUGCACGUACAACCUGCAGGACUACUACAGCCAGCUAGUCAACAUGCCCAGCCACAUCAACGAGCGCAGCAUCGCAACCUGGACCUACGUGGAGAACAUAGACCUGAACCGAGUCCCUCAGGUCAUACAUGAGGCCAGCUGCCACACCAGCCACUCCUGCAGGGGACUCGACAACACUUUCGGUCUGGAGUCCAUCCCCGUGUCCCUGAGGAUGCCCGUCCUCAGGAAAAACCCCAGCUGCUUCCCCACUGCCAGCUACUCUCUGGAGUUUGAGCUCAUCACCAUUGCUUGUAUAUGUGCCAUCUCCAGGCACAGCUAAACAGGACUGACCUAACGCUCUGCAACGACUGAGGACGCUGGUGAACAUCGAGAAUAUUGUUUGAUCAGAAAGAGCAAGAUGUAAUAAAAAAUGCAAUCUCACUCAUAUUUAUUGUUUUCCACUCGUCCAGUAUUCAACAUGUAAUGUGUCACCAUUCCCUCCAUGCCUGUUAACAGAGUCUAGUGGCAAUUAAAGACAUUUUACAUCAACUGGUA